AUGCACGUAAAGUACCAUGUGAGCUUCUACUCAUUUCCUAGGCCCAACGAGAACCCAGGCCUGGCGCUGUUGCACAUGGUGUUCCACAGAGAGCACAACCGCCUGGCCAAGUCUCUGCAGGCGAUCAACACUCACUGGGACGAUGAGAAACUCUUUCAGGAAGCUCGAAGGAUUAAUAUCGCUCAACACCAGCACUGCACGUCUCUAGAGUAUGUACCUAUCAUAGUAGGUUACGACAUGGCGGCCAGACACAAACUACUGCCUCAACAGAAUGGAUACUUUAUGGGUUACAAUGAAAGCAGGAACCCCAGCAUCCUCAACGAGUUCUCUACGGCAGCCUUCAGAAUGGGUCACUCUUCCAUCCCCGACACCUUGCAACUCCUGGAUCCUCACUACAAACUCCUCUCCUCUGUGCCAAUGGUCUCCACCUUCCACAACGUGACCAGCUUGAUUAGCCCUGGCCCAGCCGAUCCUCUCCUGCGUGGGUUGCUGGGGUCUGUCAUGCUGCCAACUGACCUUCGCCUUGCGGACAGUAUUAUGAAUGAGCUUUUCCAGAAGACUAACCUUCCUCACUCAGGACAAGACCUCUUUGCCUUAAAUCUUGCCAGAGGACGAGAUCACGGCCUUGCUCCCUAUGUCAAAUACGUCUUCUACUGUGGCGUGGGUGAGGUGAAGGACUUCUCUGACCUGAGGAGCCUUAUGUCCAUCCGGGCCGUGGCAGCACUACGUCAGGCCUACCGCCAUGUACACGACAUAGAUCUCUACGUGGGAGGCCUGGCAGAGAACCACCUGCCAGGGGCUACAGUGGGACCCACGUUCGCCUGCAUCAUAACACUGCAGUUCAAAAUCACCAAGACAAGUGACAGAUUCUGGUAUGAAAGCCUGGGGUCAGGGUUCACCUACAGUCAGCUUCAGAGUAUCCGUACCAUCACACUGUCGAGUGUCGUGUGUAAGAAUAUGGACGAAAAGAACCCUAAGGUGCCUGUCAAUGCCUAUCAGGUUCCCAAUGAGAAGAGGUGA